UUUUCUUGUUUUGUAGAAGAAUGUCUUCCAAGCAGGCUACCUCUCCAUUUGCAUGUGCAGCUGAUGGAGAGGAAACAAUGACCCAGGAUCUAGCAUCACGAGACAAGGAAGAGGGCAACAGUGAUCAACAUGUGACCUCUCAUCUGCCUCUACAUAACGUAAUGCACAACAAACCUCACUCUGAGGAGCUACCAACUCUGGUCACAACCAUCCAACAAGAUCCUGAGUGGGAUGGAGUCAUCUCAGCCCAACACAGAAUGGACUCAGAGAGUAAUAAGUUAUGUUCCCUAUAUUCCUUCCGAAAUACCUCUACCUCACCAAACAAGCCCGAUGAAGGAGGUCGUGACCGCAGUGAGCUAAUGACCAGUGUUAAUUUUGGAACACCAGAACGCCGCAAAGGAAGCCUUGCAGAUGUGGUGGACACAUUGAAGCAGAAGAAACUAGAAGAAAUGACCAGGACUGAGCAAGAGGAUUCGUCCUGCAUGGAAAAGCUACUUUCUAAAGACUGGAAGGAGAAGAUGGAAAAAUUAAACACAAGUGAUCUACUUGGAGAAAUUAAAGGUACACCAGAAAGCCUGGCAGAAAAAGAGCGACAGCUCUCUACUAUGAUCACCCAGCUGAUCAGCUUACGGGAGCAGCUCCUGGCUGCCCAUGAUGAACAGAAAAAGCUGGCAGCCUCACAAAUUGAAAAACAACGGCAGCAAAUGGACCUUGCUCGCCAACAGCAAGAACAGAUUGCAAGACAACAGCAGCAACUUCUGCAACAGCAGCACAAAAUCAAUCUACUGCAGCAGCAAAUUCAGGUUCAGGGUCACAUGCCUCCGCUCAUGAUCCCAAUUUUUCCACACGACCAGCGGACGCUGGCAGCGGCUGCUGCAGCCCAGCAGGGAUUCCUCUUCCCCCCAGGAAUAACUUACAAGCCAGGUGAUAACUACCCUGUGCAGUUCAUUCCAUCAACAAUGGCAGCUGCUGCUGCUUCUGGACUCAGCCCUUUACAGCUCCAG